AUGUUCUCCAAGAUUUCCAUGUAUCUGACCAGCAAUCUGACAACCAUGAGGGAAGAAUAUAAGUUUCUGGAAAAAAUGAACAAACUGAACAUUUUGAAAUAUCUAGAAAUGAAAGAUAUUUCAGUAAGCUUAAAUAGAAACCUAAAGAACCAAAAGCAGAAAUAUGCAGCAUUUCAGCCUUAUCUGGAUCAGAUCACUUUAAUUAAAAACCAAGUAGCAGUUCUUGAGCAAGCAGCCUAUAAACUGGAUGCAUCUGAAAAGAAACUAGAAGCAAAGUACAAGAAGUUAAAGAGGUAA